CAGGCUCUGAGCUGUCAGCACAGAGCCCGAUGCGGGACCCGAACUCACUGACGAGAUCGUUGACCUGAGCCAAAGUCGGAGCUUAACUGACUGAGCCACCAAGGCACCCCAUAAAAUUCACUUUUUAAGGGUACAGUUGAACAGUGUUUAAAUCAGUUUAUAGAGUGUGCAGCCCUCAUCACAGUUUAAUUGUAGAACAUUUCCAUCACCCCAAAAUGAUCUCUUAUGCUCACUUGGAGUCACCCUUCAUUUUUUGUUUUAUCCUUUAUUCUUGUGUAAUGGUAAAUGCUCAGAUACAUUCAAAUGCUUUUCUCAUCUAAUUAUUAUCAUCAGAGUAGUAUGGGCAUUUUAUAAAAGAUAAAACUGAAAUUUAGGAGGUUACUGAACCUAAAAUGUAUGUCUAAUAUAUAAUCAGAAAUAACAAUCAUUUAUCUUUUCGUAUCUCAUGUACUAAAUUACCAUGCCUCAACUGUUUAUAGCUCAAUUGAAGUUUGGAACUUAGAUUACUUUAAGGUAUUUAAGAAAUUAGUUAAUAGGUAAUUGCCUAUGUUGGUUUUUGCUUACUAGACAUUUUUGAGAAUCUUUAUUAGCAAGGAUACCACUCUACAUCUAGAUUAUCAAAUAGUCCUUGCUUAUAACUAAACGACAGAUAUCACUUGACAAUUUGAGGUACUGUGCAUUGGGAGAUAAAGGGUCCUGUUGAAAAUUGAUAACCUUUGCCUUUCCUGUGAUGAUUAUGGAAAAAUAAGGGAGGACUUCUUUUUGGCUCCAAAAUAUUCAUCCAGUAAAUAGUUAUUACAUACGUGCCUGAGUUAUUUUUCAUACUCUUCUGAUAUUGUUAUUCUUUUUUUUUUUAAUGUUUAUUUAUUUUCAGAAAGAGAGUGCAAGUGAGAGAGCACUCACGCACACAAGCGGAGGAGGGCCAGAGAGCGAGGAGAGAGAGAAUCCCAAGCAGGCUUCAUACUGUCACCGCACAGCCCGACAUGUAGGGCUUGAUCUCACAUACUGUGAGAACAGGACCUGAACUGAAAUGAAGAGUCAGGCAUUUAACACACUGAGCCACCCAGGUGCCCCUGAGAUUGCUAUUCUUAAUCCGUCAUUGCCCUUCUUUUUUCCCAAGAGGUCCUAAGAAUCUUCAGAGAAAUAUGAAUGUCUGAGAGGUGACCUUUUUCUAAUUUGCAUGGUUCCUCUCUAAAUACAGUUUGACUUGAUUGGGGCUGCUAGUGGUGGAUGAGUCUUUUGUAACAAGUGAAGUGGGUGGCGGGGGCUGCCAGUCAAAGCCAACUGUUUCCUUCCUUAAGUCCUCCAAUCCUAUGUUGUCCAUAGUUGAACUCAUUUUUGGUCUCUUUGGAUACUGGAUAAGUGAGAAUUAAGAUCUAGAUAGCAUAAUAUCUGUAGUAUAGGAAUUUAAAAUUAUUUAUUUAGCUUAAUUAUAGUUACCCCACAGAAAUAAAGAAUGGAAAACUCCAGAGAGGCUGAGCAUUUCCAGAUCAAGAUGAAAGAAGGAAGCAGAAACAAAUCCAGAGAGCACUGACAAAUUUCUGCAACUGCAGUGCAGUUUAUGUAUUGUGAAGAGAUUGAAGAGUUUAGGCAUAACCUGCCAGUACAGUUUGGUGGUGAUCUUGGAGGAGGAGGCAGAAGACUUGAAGCGGUACUCAGUAGACAACAUGAACCGUGAAGACCGAAAUGUGCUGCGUAUGAAAGAACGGGAAAGGCGGAAUCAGGAAAUUCAGCAGGGCGAAGACGCCUUCCCACCUAGCUCUCCUCUCUUUGCUGAGCCAUACAAAGUUACUAGCAAAGAAGAUAAGCUAUCAAGUCGUAUUCAGAGUAUGCUUGGAAAUUACGAUGAAAUGAAGGAUUUCAUAGGAGACAGAUCUAUACCAAAGCUUGUUGCAAUUCCCAAGCCUACAGUACCACCAACAGCAGAUGAAAAAUCGAAUCCUAAUUUCUUCGAACAGAGACAUGGGACCUCUCAUCAGAGUAGCAAAUGGACUCCAGUAGGACCUGCUCCCAGUACUUCUCAGUCUCAGAAACGGUCCUCCGGCUUGCAGAGUGGACACAGUAGCCAGCGGACCAGUGCAGGUGGCAGUGGUGGCACUAAUAGUAGUGGCCAGAGGCACGACCGUGACUCAUACAGCAGUAGUGGGAGCAGCAGUCGGAAAAAAAGCCAGCAUGGAUCGGAACACUCCAAAUCACGCUCUUCCAGCCCUGGAAAACCCCAGGCUGUUUCUUCAUUAAGCUCCAGUCAUUCCAGAUCUCAUGGGAAUGAUCAUCAUAGCAAGGAACAUCAGCGUUCCAAAUCACCUCGGGACCCUGAUGCAAACUGGGAUUCUCCUUCCCGUGUACCUUUUUCAAGUGGGCAACAUUCGAAUCAGUCUUUCCCACCUUCAUUGAUGUCAAAGUCCAGUUCAAUGUUACAGAAACCCACUGCCUAUGUGCGGCCCAUGGAUGGACAGGAGUCCAUGGAACCAAAGCUGUCCUCUGAGCACUACAGUAGCCAAUCCCAUGGCAACAGCAUGACCGAACUGAAGCCCAGUAGCAAAGCACAUCUUACCAAGCUGAAAAUACCUUCGCAACCAUUGGAUGCAUCUGCUUCUGGUGAUGUGAGCUGUGUGGAUGAGAUUCUUAAAGAGAUGACGCAUUCAUGGCCUCCCCCUCUAACGGCUAUUCAUACACCAUGCAAAACAGAACCUUCCAAAUUUCCUUUUCCAACUAAGGAAUCUCAGCAGUCCAAUUUUGGCCCUGGAGAACAAAAAAGAUACAAUCCUUCUUCUAAAACUUCAAAUGGACACCAGUCUAAAUCUAUGUUAAAAGAUGACUUAAAACUAAGCAGCAGUGAAGACAGCGAUGGGGAGCAGGAUUGUGAUAAGACAAUGCCAAGGAGUACACCAGGAAGUAACUCUGAACCUUCACACCAUAAUAGUGAAGGAGCAGAUAACUCCAGGGAUGAUUCUAGCAGCCACAGUGGAUCUGAAAGCAGCUCUGGAUCUGACUCUGAGAGUGAAAGUAGUUCCAGUGACAGUGAGGCAAAUGAGCCAUCCCAGAGUGCAUCUCCUGAGCCUGAACCACCACCAACAAACAAAUGGCAACUUGAUAAUUGGUUGAAUAAAGUGAACCCACAUAAAGUGUCACCAGCUUCUUCUGUGGACAGUAACAUCCCCUCAUCUCAAGGCUAUAAAAAGGAAGGCCGAGAACAGGGCACCGGGAAUAGCUACACUGAUCCAGGGGGGCCUAAAGAAACAAGUUCUGCUACUCCUGGACGAGACUCCAAGACUGUCCAAAAGGGAUCAGAAAGUGGGCGCGGGAGGCAGAAGUCCCCUGCACAGAGUGACAGUACAACACAGAGGCGAACUGUAGGCAAAAAACAACCCAAAAAGGCUGAGAAGGCAGCUGCUGAAGAGCCCCGGGGAGGCCUGAAGAUAGAAAGUGAAACCCCUGUAGACAUGGCUACCAGCAUGCCUUCCAGCAGACACAAAGCAGCCACCAAAGGCUCAAGGAAACCCAAUAUAAAAAAGGAGUCCAAAUCUUCCCCUCGACCUUCUGCAGAAAAAAAGAAAUACAAGUCAACGAGUAAAUCUUCCCAGAAAUCAAGGGAAAUCAUAGAAACAGAUACCUCAUCCUCAGAUUCGGAUGAAAGCGAGAGCCUUCCUCCUUCCUCACAAACUCCUAAGUACCCUGAGAGUAACAGGACUCCCGUGAAACCCUCCUCAGUGGAGGAAGAAGAUAGCUUUUUUCGGCAACGAAUGUUCUCUCCUAUGGAAGAGAAGGAACUUCUUUCACCCCUCAGUGAGCCUGAUGACAGGUAUCCACUUAUUGUGAAGAUUGACCUGAAUCUCUUGACCAGAAUACCAGGAAAGCCUUACAAAGAAACAGAGCCACCCAAGGGGGAAAAGAAAAAUGUGCCAGAAAAGCACACAAGAGAGGCUCAGAAACAAGCCUCAGAAAAAGUUUCCAACAAAGGCAAGAGGAAACAUAAGAAUGAAGAUGAUAACCGAGCCAAUGACAGCAAGAAACCCAAAACAGAGGACAAGAAUUCAGCAGGUCACAAGCCAUCCAGCAACAGAGAGUCAACUAAGCAAAAUGCUGCAAAAGAAAAGGAUUUGUUGCCUUCUCCUGCUGGACCUGUUCCUUCAAAAGAUCCAAAAACAGAGCAUGGCUCUCGGAAGAGGACUAUUAGUCAGUCAUCUUCUUUAAAGUCAAGUAAUAACAGCAACAAGGAGAAUAGUGGCAGCAGCAAAAACAGUUCCUCCACAUCAAAGCAGAAGAAGACUGAAGGGAAGACUUCCAGUAGCUCUAAGGAGGUCAAGGAAAAGGCUCCAAAUAGCUCUUCUAACUGUCCUUCCUCUACACCAACUCCUGAUGCCUCUAAGCCUCGGAGAACGAAGCUUGCCUUUGACGACAGAAAUUAUUCAGCAGACCAUUAUUUACAAGAAGCAAAAAAGCUGAAGCACAAUGCAGAUGCAUUGUCUGAUAGGUUUGAGAAAGCUGUAUACUAUCUUGAUGCUGUGGUAUCUUUCAUUGAAUGUGGGAAUGCAUUAGAGAAAAAUGCUCAGGAAUCCAAAUCCCCAUUCCCUAUGUAUUCAGAGACAGUGGAGCUCAUCAAGUACACUAUGAAGCUAAAGAAUUACUUGGCACCUGAUGCUACAGCUGCAGAUAAAAGGCUCACAGUACUUUGCCUGCGAUGCCAGUCUUUGCUGUACCUGAGGCUGUUCAAACUGAAGAAGGAAAAUGCUCUGAAGUACUCAAAGACACUGACAGAGCACCUGAAGAAUUCUUACAAUAAUUCUCAAGCACCAUCACCUGGCUUGGGAAGCAAAGCUGUUGGGAUGCCUUCCCCUGUAUCUCCAAAGCUGUCGCCAGGCAAUUCAGGAAAUUAUUCUUCUGGGGCCAGUAGUGCUUCAGCAAGUGGUUCUUCGGUGACCAUUCCACAGAGGAUCCACCAGAUGGCAGCCAGCUAUGUUCAGGUUACGUCCAACUUCCUCUAUGCCACCGAAAUUUGGGACCAAGCCGAGCAGCUUUCCAAAGAGCAAAAAGAAUUCUUUGCUGAACUGGAUAAAGUGAUGGGCCCUCUCAUCUUUAAUGCAAGCAUCAUGACAGACCUGGUUCGAUAUACCCGGCAGGGACUGCACUGGCUUCGCCAGGAUGCCAAGUUGAUAUCUUGAACUGAACACAUUCUCGUUGCCUCUGAUUUUCUCCACAACACUGUGUCACAUCACGAAGGAAAACUGCCAUAACAUGCCACCUAGUCGACACUAAGAAUGAGGAAUGGUUUUUUCCUCCCUGGUUCAUGUGUUGUUGUUAUUUAUAACCCAAAGCCAUGAUGUCAGUUGACCCCUUUAAUAUUCCCAAUAUGGAAAAUUAUUUAAAUGUUUUUAAAUCUGCAGCACAUUGCUAAGACGGUUUCGGUGAUCUGUAAUAAGAUUGAAAUUCCAGCUGCAAUUCAUAACUAAUCAAUUGAAAUCCUAUUUAUUUUAAUUUUUUUUAAGUUCCCAGAUUGGGGCUAGUUUAAAACUUAAUUAUUUCUGCUUAUGAAUUUACUCUGUUGAAAAUUUAGCCUAAGUUUAAUGUAGGCAUUUUUAUUUAUAUACUUUUGGGAGCUUUGUUACCUAAUGUCUUUUUGUGGUAGCUCUUCUAAGAGUAAGAGUUGGUUCAUCUAAAACGUGGACGUGUUCUUUCUGUACCUACUACCUGAUAUUAUUUUAAAUCGUAACUACAAUUUUCUUGCAGAAUUUAUACUUAGUAUUAAGGAUAUUCUUCUACACAUGAAAAUCAUUUAAAUAUGAGAAGAUGACAUUCUCCAGAGAGAAGAUGAAAUGUGUCUGAUUCGGUAUGCAUUACUUCCGGAACUGUGAAUGUGUGUUAAUAACACUAUAGGAAUCACAAGGUGACUAUAGCUUGCAUUUAAUGCAUUACAAAAGAGGGCAGGUAAACUUUCUAGGAGACGGAUGUCGUGUGAAGGGUUUCAUAAAAGGACAAUCUUGAACUUCAUGGAUUUUGCUAAAACCAUGCGUUCUUUUUUGUUGCUAAUAACUUGACAGUUUUGAAACAGAGUUAAGUUACUGAGGGACAAACAAUGAUCCAGCUCCCGGGGAUGUUGCCUGUAUCUCUUUCGGUGAUGGUGUUUGAAGGGUUAAAUCUCUCUUCAGAAUUCUUAUUUGUAAAAUGUUUUUGCCACACUAGAUUGUGAUGCUCUCAUGGGAGCAUGCAGUGACUAAUGCAGGAAUGGGCUGGAGCUUUGCUGUGUGUGCUUUUGCUGUACAACUUACAGUUUAUAAUGCCUGAGGUAGAGAUGACGUUCUCCUUUUAGACUUGUCUUGUAUUGACUGCCUUUGUAUUAUGAGGGCCCCCUCACCAAUGAUUUGUGUUUCCAAUGGGAUCAGAAAAUUCACACUAGAAAAGUAUCUAAUUUAGUUCAAUGUUAGCUCUCUUGGGAAGGGGAGGGGAGCAGGGGUAGAGCUUAAGAAGCCAGCUCUGUAAGAGUUGUGUAUCAGAGUACCUUCCCUGUAAGGUGCAUAUAGGCGUUAAAAGCGAGAAACGUACCGUCUGUCAUGCCCCUUUCGUGCCCCUAUCAUGUCUGGUGUGCCUUAAAUCUUACCUUUGAAUGAAACCUUUAUGGAUUGUUUACAGAUGAAGUUUUACACUAGGACCAGAUCACCCAUAUGGUUGGUCUUCAGCAGUAAUAAUGUUAAAUUCUCUUUACUUUUUAAUCUUCCUUUAGGGUCACAUAAAGAUUAAUUAUUUCAGAAAAGCUAAUGCUUUGGUACAUGACUUAGUCUAACCUGUUGGGUAAUGCUGCUUCAAAAAAUAGUUUAUCCUUUUCCCCAUUCCAAAAAUGAAUCCAUCCAAUCAGAAAAAAGGAUUGCCCUGCUAUUUACAGAUGAUUGCUAAGGUUUGAAGUGGGAAAGACGGGAUAGAAAAUCUCGCAAGCCCAGUGGUGCAGUGAGUCCUCUGUGUUUGAGUCUUUUUUACACUCAUUUCUGAAGCUAGUGAACCCUCAUUGUCCUGUGGUUCAAACUUAUAGAGCGUUUUAACUGUUUUGUACCUCGGGUUGUUUUUGCAUGUCGCUGAAGAUCGGAAUCUAGAAAUUUGGUUGAAUUUAACUUUUUUCCCUUAGAGAAGUUGCCUCUGAAAUCUUUCUGACUUCAUCUUAGUAUGUUUUAGGAACAGUUUUCCUUAAGAGGACGACUUCUCAGUGAUUUAGGGUAGUUAUUGAGAAACUCAUCCCUGUUAAUCAAGUAGUUGUAUGUCCUGUCCUUCUCUGAUUGCUCUUACUCUGAUUCCUUAAUUUGCAGUGAUGUCUUAGAAAGGGAUUAAGUGUCCUCUGAGCGUUUAUACUUUUCAGCAACAGCAGCCAGCUGGGUACCUCUGAAUUCCAGUGUGUUCUAAUCUCUUGUGUGUCCUGAAAGGCAGCAGGAGUGUUUCUGGGGUCACACUGAUACUUGGUUAAAAUAUAGUUUCCUGCAUGUUUUCUGGUGCUGCUCUAAGUUAAUUCUCUCUCUGUAAAACUGUUCAUUCUUAGAGAAUGACUUUUUCAAGCUUUUCAUCGUGGAGGGAUUUUUCCCACCAGGUGGUAAUGGGCAGUGGAUCAAAAUCAUAUCCUAAAUAAUUGAAUUUUUAAUGUAAUAGUCUGUGGAAACACCACUCCCUUCCCUCUGUGUCCAUCUCCUCCAAAGUUGUCUGUGUCUUCAUCCGCUCCAGCACAGACUUUGGACUCCUUUAUAGGCCACCGUUCCUCCUUCCUCAAUAGGUGUCUUCACUGUUCUGUAACCAUUUAAACCUGAAUUUGACAAGUGGCAAAAAACUUACUUCGUCUGAGACUUGUACUUAAUAUAUAGUUAAUUAUAGAAGUAGCAACUAUUUAAAAAAACUCUAUUGACUGCUCUUUAAGACCACACUUGUAUGCCAGGAGGCAGCAGCCUACACCAUUGGACUCUUCACAGGCAUCCAGUGGACAGUGGAUGAAGUUGUCACAUGGUAGUUUUGCCCAGCCUGGGCUGGGCUGUGGGGAACACUCCCCUCCAGGUGAUUCAAGCUUCCACAGUCCAGCCCGGGGCCAGUCUGGCUGGGGAGCAUUCAGCCCAUUUCUUGCCUCAGGGCCACCUUUUCCUGGGCAAGUAGCCAAGAACUAACUUUAUAAGAAAUGAGUACUUCAGAUCAAUCUUCAGCUAUAGUUGCUGAAGAGUGGAGAAGCUUGACCAUCACGAAUUUAAUUCUCCAACGUAAAAGCAGUGUAGAGUAAUGUGUGCACGUGCCCACAACAUGCCUGUGCUCCGGGUAGCUCUCGCACUGGUGGAUCCAUAGGCAUCUGGGCUGCGCUUUGCAUUCACUUGUGGCUUUAUUAGAUUCACUGUUGUUGUUGUUUUUAAUUGUUGUUUUUUUCUUUUUCUUAAAGAAAGGUUUAAUCAGCUAGAUCAGACAAGCAUCAUUUUGUACUUAAUGACAGAAACUUUGGGAAAUUAUAUUCACUGAGUGAGCUUGCAUUGUGAAGCAAGAGCCUACAAAAGGCACCUGUUCUAAACGAAAGUUCUGGUUCUGGAGGCUCGCAGCACUCUGGAGUUUCAGAGCAGCCAGUGGUUGCUCCAGUCAGUGAUGCCUGAUUGUGUAGAGGAGAGGUACACUGUGCACUCUUCCUAGGCGUAAGGGUAUGCAACUUUGGAUUUUAAAAUUAUGUACACAUACACACUUUAUAUAUAUGUAUGUAUGUAUGAAAACAUGAAAUUAGUUUGUCAAAAAUGUGUGUGUUUAGUACUUUAGCUUAGUGCAACUAUUUCCACAUUAUUUAUUAAAUUGAUCUAAGACACUUUCUUGUUGACACCUUGAAUAUUAAUGUUCAAGGGUGCAAUGUGUAUUCCUUUUAGAUUGUUAAAGCUUAAUUACUAUGAUUUGUAGUAAAUUAACUUUGAGAAUAUAUUUGAGCCCUUCUGUAGUAUAAUAAGGGCUCUUACAGGGUGGGAAGGAUUUUAAUUUUCCAGUUGCUAAUUGAACAAAAUGGCCUCAUUAUGUAUUUUGAAUUAUAGGAGUUUGCCUCUGGGUCCCAGGAACAUCUGAUGGGAAUGACUGUUUCAGGCAGAUUGUGAUGAUUUUUUUUAAACCUAAGUAAAUCCAGAAGCAAAGCAUUUCAUGUUCAUGUAGACUCCUAUAACUCAUAUUCCCUAGUUAUGUGGAACACAGAUUUCAUUUCAGUUUUCAUAUAUUUACAUGUUGGAGAGGCAGACUUUUUUUCCAAUAAUAAAUAACAUUGCACAUCUAAGGUUGCUAUUCAGUAAAAUAAAUAGAGAUAAGUGUCAAAUUAUUUGGAAUAUGUAGUGACAAGAGGCCAAUGUUUUUUGUGAGCUUGUCUUUGACAUACUCCGUAACGGAGAAAUUCAGUUUAGACAUCGAGACCCUAGAACCAGGCUGGCAAGUGACAGGAAGGAAGUUAGUAGUAGUACGUAAAGCAGAUGCUGAUUCUGUUCAGUUGAACCGUAUGGUUAAUUAAAGUCACUGCUCUAGAAAAGCAACGGAAGAAUAUCUAAAUCUCUUCUUUUUGAUGGAAUCUGGUUACAGAAUAUGGCAUUAGAGUUAAGUCUAAACCGCGUCUUACAGAUCUUUAAGCAUCCUAAAAUAGCAGCCUAAAGUAAUCAUCACAUAAUGAAGUUGACUUUUGGAAUGUCAGCAUUGACCUCUCCUUGCCACCAUUGCUCAGCUAAGCAUAAAUUGCCAUUCUUAAAAAGAAGCAAACAAAAAAAGCUUCCUAAAUGAGCAUGGAAAAAAAGCUCCCACCCAGAAAUUCUAGUAAUAUGCAGUUUUUGACCUGUUACUGUUUCCACGUGGGGUUUCUUUUCAGCUUUCAACCACUGGAAUUUUCUACUGGCUAUGUUCCUCUCUGGAAAAUAUGUUUGGAAAUGCUGCCUUUCAAAUCAAUGCCAUGGUUAUCCAUACUGUUGAGUUUGUUGUUACUGUUCAAGAAGUGUCCCCCUUUUAAAACUUUAUGCACACACCUGGCAAAUCACUGACAUGAGCGUUCAACAGUACUGGGGUUUGGGUGGGGGGGGGGCGGGGCUCACCAACAGAGCUGGCCCGGAUGGCAGUGCCUAAAAAGGCACUACUUUUGAGGACCAGAUGUGAGGUAGGUUGGUUAGCACGGUUAUGAAAAUUUCUAUCUAGCCUCCGUUUUGAAUGGUUUUAAGAAAUUUUGUAUAUGGAGGAUGGAAAUGCUUAUAUAUUUAUUGAAUCCUUUUAUCUUAUUUGACAUUAAAAUUAUUUGGUGAAUAACGGUUUGAUAUUUGGGGAGGGUUUUGGAGGGGAAGCAAUGCCGCUGAUAAAAAGCCUUGUUGAUUUUGCAGAAAGGUACUGUUAGUGUCUGAUAGGAUGCCUUUGUUUUGUACAUGAUCCAAAUCUUUGUUUUACAUUUCUUUUAUCCAAAAUAUUUAAGCAUCUGACAUUUUCAACCAAAAUUUCAAUUAUAUACUGUGAUUUUUAUUUGUUGCAAUACAUUAAAAUUUCAGAGGUACUUUGGGGCUCAAAAGCUAGGAUUUCUAAGUAUGUGCAUUUCACAUAAUAAAGCUGUUAAUGGUGAGCAAAGUAUUAUAUACUAACUAGAUUUUUCCACAUCUGUAUAGUAUAUUAUAUGUAUUUUGUGGUAUUGAGAUUAUAGAAAGUUUAGAGUGUCAAACAUGCGUUUAAUGUGUAUUUUUAAACAAAUUUAUGGCAAUUAAAAUAUUUGGAGACAAGGGUAUCACAUUUCAAUUUGUAAAGAUCUUUUUAACUCUACUGUGUCAUUAAGAUGCUUUGUAUAAUGCCAAACCAUAGCUGGAGAAACUAAGUUUAAUAAAUAUCAAAUAGAUUUUCUGUA